CCCACCCGCGGCGGGGUAGAGCCUGGCGAACUCUUCUCUCCCCGUCGAGGAGGAUCUCUCCGUCGUUUCUUCAUUACCCUCUUCUUCUUCUUCCCGAGAAAAUCGGCGUUGCCGAUCUUUCCUUUAUCCAACGACGGGUUUCCUUUCCACCCUCGCGCGCGCGAUCGAACACCCACUCUCUUCCUAUCCGCUCGUGAGAGCCUCGCGCUGCAGUUCACAGCCGGGAAUCGGUGGGUGUAUACAACGUCGUCGUCGUCGUCGUCGUCGUCGUCGUCGUGGUCAGUGAAGCGUCGUCGGGACGUUGGUACCAACGCCUCUUUGGUGGUAGCGAUAGGAGAAACGGGCGCGAUCGAUCGCCGUGGGACAUCCGCGAGGGCAGACACCGGUAAACCCAGUGACCCAAGAUAAAGAUAAAAAGUUCCUCGUGAAAUAUUCGCGCGCCGGCAGUGUCGCGACGUGAUAUAAACCCCGAACGAUUCUCGAGAAUACGAGGAAAUCACGAAGAGGGUCGAGGCGAGAGAACGAGGUUACGAACACGAAGGAUUGUUCUUUCGUUGCCGUUGAAGAACCGGUUCCAAGAGAGGGAGUGAAGUCAAGAAGAAGAUUCGUCGGCAAGAGAGACGACCAGUGGUCAUAUGUUUCACACUGUCGUCCGAGUCAGCGCGGAGUUGCCGUGAUAUUGGGUCGAAUUAAUUCGCUGCUGCCCCAGAUACUUCCUAUGUCGCUUGAGUGAAUAGCGACCAAAAGAGGCCGCCGACGUAUUUCAUUCCGAAUUAUUAUUCUCGCAAUAACACUAAAAGAAGAAGAGCGAGAUUGCUCGAAACUCUCUUUUGUGAGCUAAAGUCAAACCCUGAAAUUCGCCACGGUGCACAAUAACGAUAGGAUUUGCGUGUAGAAAAAGACUUGAAAAAAAGAAACCAAUUCCGCGAUUUGUACGAUCGAUUAUCCUCUCGGACUCGUCAAUUCGAAAGUGCAAUUGAAGAGAAACAAAUCGUCAUUCAAUGACAUAAAAUCGCCUAGACGCAACCAACGAGAAAAUUUUGUAUACAAGAAAAUAGAAAAAAUAAAAGAAAUCGGCAUAGCCCUCGUUCACUCUCGUGAGACAAAUGGACGUAGACGUGGCCGAGGAGGCCGAUAUUCGCGGAAUUCCUGCCAGGCCGGCGCCGAUGGGGGCAUCGUAAAUUGUCACAGAAAAGGCUGCGCGAAUCCCGGGGGGUUGCUGCGUCGAUCGUCCGACGAAUCGGUCGAUCGGUUAAGUGCCACCGGCGCCUCGGUUUCGACCAAGCGUCGAAGAGGGAAGUCGGGAGCCCUCGUACGUUGUCCAGGAAGCGCCUUGGCGCUGAUGAAAUGGGCCCUGCCAGCAGUCGCGAACAAAUCAGCGAGCAGCUCGGCGACGACGAUGGCCUGCAGAUCCGCGCGAAGCCGGCGAUUGUGGCGAACAACAUCACGGAGAGCGAGUACUCCGUAGAGGAACAGUCGAGGUUAACGGGGACCGACGCACCGGGUGGCGAUGAGGCUUCGCCGGAUGAUGAAGGGGGUUCGUUGUGCGAGUACCACGACAUACCGCCACCACCGGACGGUGGUUACGGCUGGGUGGUGGUAUUCGCGUCGUUUAUGUGCAACAUGAUAGUGGACGGUAUCGCCUAUACAUUCGGCGUCUUUCUCGGGGAAUUUGUUACUUACUUCGGUGAGGGAAAGGGCAAGACGGCUUGGGUUGGUUCGUUACUUUCUGGAAUGUACCUCAGUGCUGGUCCUGUUGUUAGUGCUUUAACGAAUAAAUAUGGCUGUAGAGCUGUUUGUAUGGCAGGAAGUUUCUUAGGCGCCGCUGCAUUUGUACUAUCAAUAUUUUCGAGUAGCGUUAACAUGCUCAUGCUGACGUACGGUGUAAUGGGAGGGAUCGGAUUCGGUUUGAUAUAUCUUCCCGCAGUGGUUUGCGUAGGAUAUUACUUUGAAACAAAGAGAUCACUGGCCACUGGUAUCGCUGUAUGCGGCUCCGGAUUCGGCACGUUUGCGUUCGCACCGCUUGCUACCAUGCUGCUAGAAACGUACAGCUGGAAGGGAGCGAAUCUGAUCCUCGCAGGCCUUAUUUUUAACUGCGCGGUAUUCGGCGCUCUGAUGAGACCCCUCGAGUACCCCAAAGCGUCGUCCGUCAAGCCGUUGUUACAAAGAAUGGCCGAGGAGAAGAGGUUUCAGAUGGAACGCGGCAGCAUCGGCGGCUCGUACUUUAUGGUACAGCUGCCGGACGGAUCCAUGGAAAAGAGAAUGAAGAUGCCUAUCAAUAUUGAUCCCGGUGUUCAUUCCAGCUUCAAUUUAGAUCAAUUAGUGCCUGGAACUCCUUUAACACCAGUUCCGACGGUGCCAACCCUCCCCACUAUAUCUGAAGUGAAGGUGCACGAGCACUCUUCCAGUGGACACACCAGCGACAGCGGCAGCAAUCUGGACCUGAAGAACAGCUCUAACAAGUCCAAAAGCAAGAAGAAUAUCGACGAAACCAAAGAUACGAUAAAAGACGCGGAGAAACCGGAGAGCGAGUUUAACAAGGCGGUACUCCCCAGAAACGCGUCCCAGCCGGCUUUUACAACUCACGUUCAAGGGUUGCCUAAAAACGGCUCAGUGCCAUUUUUCGAUAGAAUCCGUAAAACGAGCACGGGAGAGCGAUACAAGCCUAGCCUUAGUGCAAUAAAGAACUCGAGGACGACGCUAAACUCAAACGGAGAUAUCAGAAAGAGUCUGCAUCUGAGAUUAUCCACGAGCAGUAUGCUGGGAUCGCGUAACAACAACGCUGAGGUUGACGACGGCGAGAGUAUUACCUUUAGUACGAGUAAAACUAGUAUCCCAAAGGAGAAGCCACUGAUCGUCCGUCCCUUGUCGAGAAAAGAUAUUUUCUACAGUGGUAGCGUAGUCAAUUUACCAGAAUACCAAAGCCAGAAAUCCCUUGCCAAUUAUCGUCAGAGCGUUAUAUCUAUCCCAAAGUCCAUGCGUGGAGACUUGAACCUGAAAGACCCCGAUGUGGAGAAAGCGCCGCAACAACCUCUGUGUCCUUGUUUGGUCCUACCAGACUCAUUCAAGGAAGCUCUAGCGACUAUGAUGGACAUGUCCUUGUUGAAGGAUCCUGUUUUUCUUUUGAUCGGUAUUAGCAACGUGUUUGGUAUGGCCGGAUUGUAUGUUCCCUUUGUAUACUUGGUGGAUGCUGCAGUCUUAGAUGGAAUCGAAAGCAACUCUGCGUCUUUCUUGCUGUCGAUCAUCGGAAUAACAAACACCAUAGGUCGUGUGGCAUGUGGUUACGUCGCGGACUUCCCGCAAGUAGACUCCUUAUUGUUGAACAACAUUUGCUUAAUUAUAUCUACCGUCGCGGUAGCUUCCACGCCAUUCUGCCAUAGUUACGCCGCUUAUAUUGCCAUGAGCAUAUUUUUUGGAAUAGCAAUAUCUGGAUAUAUCUCAUUAACGUCAAUCAUCCUGGUGGAUCUUCUGGGAUUAGAUAAGCUAACGAACGCUUUCGGCCUUUUAAUUCUCUUCAGAGGCGCCGCCGCUAUAGUUGGCUCACCCUUAGCGGGCGCGGUUUACGAUGCGACGCAAAGUUACAGCAUCCCGUUUUUCAUGGCAGGGUUCUUCUUCCUUGUAAGCACCAUUACUAGUUUCAUGGCCCCUGCUAUGAAACGGUGCACCACACCGCAGACUCAACCUGUGAUAUUAGAUGCCCUCACUCCUAUUGACGAGGAUAUCGAAGAAGAAAACGAGGACGAAAUACCGGAGAUAGUGGAAACUGCGCCGUCACCUUUGGACCCACCCGAAAAGGAGAUCAAGCAAAUAGAGUCUGUUUUAUAAAGUACUUCUUGGUCGUUUUUCAAAUGGACAAAAAAUCGCCUUCACUCCGAGCCACACUGUGAUAGGGCUGCUAUUUUGAGGUCUCAGAAACGUACUUCUUUGUUAUAUAUACUUAAUCGAUGAAGCACAAAUUAGUGGCGGUACCUGAUGGAAUUUUUAUUGUACUUAACAAUUAGAAUUCCUUGUGUACAAACUCUUGAAUUCUUGUUUCUUUUUGUAGUUGAAAAUUUACAAGCAAUAUUAUGAAAAUGCCAUCAGGUAUACAGAUACUUAGUUGCCUACAUGUACUAGUGAACAAUAUAGAUAGAGUGUUUUAUUAACCUAAUCAGUAUCGAUCAAACAGUAUGUAUGUAUAUAUAUACAAGAUAUAUAUAUAUACACACAUAUAUAUGUAUAGAUAAAGAAAGAAAAAAAAUAUUAAACUAAAAAAAUGCUCUUGCACAUGCAUAUCGAGUAAUCCUGAAUAAAUUAUUAAUCUACAUCAUAGGAAUUGUAAUAUAUGUAGCUUGGAACAAGGAUCGGUCAAUACGUUGAUGAUUGGACGCACGUUUUUUAAUUAUGACGUUUUUGUGAUGUGUAUAUUAAAUAUAUAUAUUAAUACAUAUAUUAAUUAAUGUAUUAAUAUUGUAUUAAUUAUAUUAUUAAUACAUGUAUUUUUUUAAUCAUUCAUUAUUAGGCGCGAUAACACCUGUUACUUAAGUAACGUGUCGUAUAUUAAGUUGUUUGUAUAUAAUAUAUUCGUAAAGUAGACUGUAUCGAUUUUAUUAAUUUUAAUAUGUACGUAGGUUUUGUUUUUCGCGGUAAUGAUUGUCGUUCGAAGAAACAACAAUGACAUUUUUCAAGUCUAAUCAACGGUUACACCGCGAUUGGCCGUCUUUGAUCCACCGGAAGAAUCCCACCUACGGACUCGUGUUAGUUAAAUCUAUUUUUGGCCGCAUCCAAAGAUAUACAACUUGAAUUAAUUCACAAUUCAGAGAAAUAUUUUCUUGCAUAUUCUCGCGACAAAUGUAUAUAUAUAUAUAUAAAUAAGCGGAAGAGGAAGAAUGUGUGUGAAUUAUAAUAAUAAUAAUAAUAAUAAUAAUUUACGCGACACACCAUGUCAUCGCGCUGAUAAUGGUGCGCAGAGAAUGAACCGUGUAUAUAUAGAGUAUAUAAAGUAUACACUCUAUGUACUCUAUAUACUCUAUAUACUCUAUAUAGAAUAUUACGAAACGAGAUAAUAACAGAAUAUAUAGAAUUAAGCUGUCGUGAAAAUUACGAGGUCUCUGCUCGCUGCAGUCUCGUUGCGAUUUUAUUUCCACACAGAAUAAAAAUCUUAUUAAAUAUCCAUUUCACAACUCUAUUCAAUAUUUAAUUAGACGUCUAAUGAGGUUACUUUGUGGAUUUUUAUUUUGUGUGGAUUAAUAUACACAUUAAGAGAGCAACAAUUAACUCACUGUUAGAUGAACUAAUUAUUAAUACAUUUAUUAUUUGAAACAGAGGAUUAUUAUUUGAUUAAUGUAUGAAAGAGAACGCGUCUGCCACAGCUAGUUUUUGUAUAAAUGGAAUUUAGUUGUCGUUUAGUUGAUGAUUGUUUUGCAAAAAGCGCUUUACGAAGCACACCAGUAAGUAACACGAAACCAAUUCCGACUGACGCACUGUGUGGUGGUUUCUAGUAAUCUAAGUGGGAAGCAAGUAUUCCGGCUGAUGAAUAUAUUGUAAAAACCAUUGUAUAUUUUCUAAACGUUCCUAAAAAAAGGGAAGCACAGAAAAGCAAUAAUGUGAUUUAACAAAAAAAAAAAAGAAUAAUAAAUUAAGAAUUAAGAAUUACUUAAAAAUAUCUUUACAUUUUGUAAACUGCAUUGCAGCUAUAUGAAUGUAUAUAUUUAUAGAAUAUAUAUAUCUAAUGAAUAUACAGAAUGUAUAUACAUUCAUAUCAAAGUGAUAUAUUUGAUAUAAAAGCAUGUAUUAUUUUAGUGUGUGCGUGUGUACAAAUUUAAUUUAUAAUCUAAUUAAUUAAUUAAUUAAUUUAAUUAAUUUACUUAAUAAUAUCGGUAUCGAAAACAAAAUCAAUGAAUAAUUGAUUUUAGUCAAAAAUAUUGUGAUUCGAUUUUUAUUCGGCUGAACACCUAGAUCUAAAAUCACCACUGUGUGUGACGUGAUUGUUCCACGCGACAAGACAAACGAUUGCAGGACUUUCUCGCGUGCGAAUUAUACAUAGAGAAUUAAUUUUAUAAUACAGAUCGCGGUAUCGGAACAGUAUAAAUUAGUGUAUCGCAAAAUGUACGCCUAUUACGUAUAUAUAACGAGUAUAUACAUAUAUAUACAUACAUAUAUGUAUAUAUAUGUAUAUGUAUAUACGUAUACACAUAGUAUGUAUACACGUAUAUGUACAUACGUAUACACCUGAUUAAAAUGCGCGCGUGAGUCGGCAAUUUUCGAGCUUAAUUUUAAUAGAUCGUUACGAAAAAUAUCAAUUUACGAGAAAUAUCUUUAGUAAACUGAACGUGCCUCCAGUAAACUAAAUCGGCAAAUCGCUCGCUCGCAACAGCGAGUGAUCCAUGUUCGAGCUCCCCGAAUAGUCACAAAUAGAUAUUUUUCGCAACUAUCUUUUCUCUCAAUCGGUUAAUAUCAGAAUUUGUUUUUUUGCAGAUGAAUGGAUAAAGAACCGUCAGAUGUGUAUAUAUAUAUAUGUAUAUAUAUACAUAUAUAUACAUAUAUGUGUAUGUGUGUGUGUGUAUAUAUGUGUACAUAUAUACGUACAUUUUAUUACAUGUAUACACAUAGACGACAAAAGUCCGUUGCGAACCUUGUUCGAGAGAGGCAAAAUGUUACACACCGUGUGCAUUGUACAUAAUACAAAUGUAUCGUAAUCGCUGCGACGCGCGAUCGUAAAGAACGGAGGAAGAAAAAUCUAGAAACAAUAUAGGAAAUGAAGAAAAAACUAAUUCAUUGUGCUCUGUACAUCGAUAAUAACACACACAAAAAAAA